CUCUCUCUCUCUCUCUCUCUCUCUCUCUCUCUCUGUCUCUCUGAGUUGCAAAAAUGCUCUGCAGCUGGGCUGCACCUCAAUGAACCCAACUGGCGCGCCGUCAGAAACCGUCUACCCUCUCUGGAUUUCCGUUUGUGCGUGGCUUUCACCCCAAACACACGAAUGUUCUCCUAAACAGACCCUUGGAAGGAGUUGCACAAACCGGCCGGAGAAAAUGGCACAGCGCGCCGUUUUAUUGUUACUGUGGCUGUUUGACAGAUCACUCGCAGGAUUUCCAAACCAGAUUAACAUCGGGGGGCUGUUCAUGCGUUACACCGUGCAGGAGCACAGCGCGUUCAGGUUCGCGGUCCAACUCUACAACACCAACCAAAACACCACUGAGAAGCCUUUCCACCUCAACUACAACGUGGACAACCUCGAGUCGUCCAACAGCUUUUCAGUCACCCAUGCGUUUUGCUCCCAGUUCUCCCGCGGUGUGUACGCCAUCUUUGGAUUCUAUGACAAGAAGUCCAUGAACACCUUGACAUCAUUCUGCGGCGCUCUCCACACCUCCUUUGUCACACCCAGUUACCCCACCGACAAUGAGGUGCAGUUCGUCAUCCAGAUGCGGCCGGCCCUCCGGGGUGCUGUCCUCAGCCUGCUCUCUCACUACAAGUGGCAGAAGUUUGUGUACCUCUACGACACAGACCGAGGAUUCUCUAUACUGCAGGCCAUCAUGGAAGCAGCGGUUGCGAACAACUGGCAAGUGACCGCUCGCUCUGUCAGUGGCACAACAGAUGCUGCAGAGUUCAGGCGCAUCAUUGAGGAGAUGGACAGGAGACAGGAGAAGCGCUAUGUGAUUGACUGUCAGGUGGACAGAAUCAACACCAUAUUUGAACAGGUCGUGACCCUGGAGAAGAACAGCCGUGGUUACCAUUACAUUCUGGCAAAUCUUGGCUUUUCAAAUGUGAGUUUGGACAAAGUCUUUGCCGGUGGAGCCAACAUCUCAGGGUUUCAGAUAGUCAAUCCUGAGAAUCCAAUUGUGCAGCAGUUUAUGCAGCGCUGGGAGCGACUAGAUGAAAGAGAAUUCCCAGAAGCCCGAAAUACUCCUCUGAAGUAUACCUCAGCUCUGACCCAUGACGCCAUCUUGGUGAUCGCAGAGGCCUUCAGAUACCUGCGGCGCCAGCGUGUUGACGUUUCACGCCGGGGCAGUGCUGGAGAUUGCCUUGCCAAUCCCGCUGUCCCUUGGAGCCAAGGCAUUGACAUCGAGAGAGCGCUUAAAACGGUCCAGGUACAAGGCAUGACCGGAAACAUCCAGUUCGAUAACUACGGGCGAAGGACCAACUUCACCAUUGAUGUUUAUGAGAUGAAAAUAGGAGGGCCGAGGAAGAUCGGGUACUGGAACGAGUAUGAGCGGUUCGUAAAUCUUAUGGACCUGCAGCUUUCCAACGACUCCUCAGUGGAAAAUCGAACGAUUGUGGUCACUACUAUUAUGGAAGCUCCUUAUGUGAUGUACAAGAAAAAUUAUAUGCAUCUGGAGGGGAAUGACAGAUAUGAAGGCUACUGCGUCGAUUUAGCAUCUGAGAUUGCCAAACAUGUUGGAAUUAAGUACAAACUGUCUAUAGUAAUGGAUGGGAAGUAUGGAGCCCGAGACCCAGAGACCAAGACGUGGAACGGGAUGGUGGGUGAACUGGUCUAUGGGAGAGCAGAUAUAGCUGUCGCGCCUCUCACCAUUACUCUGGUUAGAGAGGAGGUGAUAGACUUUUCCAAGCCAUUUAUGAGUUUGGGCAUCUCCAUAAUGAUAAAGAAGCCCCAAAAGUCCAAGCCUGGUGUCUUCUCCUUCCUGGACCCACUGGCCUAUGAGAUCUGGAUGUGUAUAGUGUUUGCCUAUAUUGGCGUGAGCGUGGUUCUGUUCCUGGUCAGUCGGUUCAGUCCUUAUGAGUGGAACCUUGAGGAACAAGAUGAGACCAAAGAUCCCCAGACACCUCCAGAUCCUCCCAAUGACUUUGGCAUCUUCAAUUCUCUCUGGUUCUCACUGGGCGCCUUCAUGCAGCAAGGCUGUGAUAUCUCCCCCAGAUCACUGUCUGGCCGUAUCGUUGGUGGAGUGUGGUGGUUCUUCACCCUCAUCAUCAUCUCUUCCUACACAGCCAACCUUGCUGCCUUCCUGACAGUUGAGAGGAUGGUGUCUCCUAUAGAAAGUGCUGAAGAUCUGGCCAAACAGACAGAGAUAGCAUAUGGCACUCUUGACUCAGGGUCCACAAAGGAGUUUUUUAGGCGCUCCAAAAUAGCAGUGUACGAGAAGAUGUGGUCGUACAUGAAAUCAGCCGAACCCUCUGUGUUUGUUAAGACCACACCCGAUGGUGUAGCCCGGGUACGAAAGUCAAAGGGCAAGUUCGCCUUUCUCCUCGAAUCCACCAUGAAUGAAUACAUCGAGCAGCGGAAACCGUGCGACACCAUGAAAGUGGGCGGGAACCUCGACUCAAAAGGCUACGGUGUGGCGACGCCCAAAGGCUCAGCAUUAAGAAAUGCUGUCAACCUGGCAGUUUUAAAACUGAAUGAGCAAGGCCUCUUGGACAAAUUGAAAAACAAAUGGUGGUACGACAAGGGAGAGUGCGGCAGCGGGGGAGGUGACUCCAAGGACAAGACAAGUGCUCUCAGCCUAAGCAAUGUGGCAGGUGUCUUCUAUAUUCUGGUUGGAGGGCUGGGGUUGGCCAUGAUGGUGGCUCUGAUAGAGUUCUGUUAUAAAUCACGCCAAGAAACCAAAAGGCUGAAAUUGGCAAAGAAUGCCCAGAAUUUUACGCCAGCUCCCCCGACCAACACCCAGAACUUUGCCACAUAUAGAGAAGGCUACAACGUGUAUGGAACCGAGAGCGUAAAGAUCUAAUGGGUUUUGUUUUGUUUUUACAGCGAUUUGCAUCGUCCAACACAAAUGUGACUUAACCAUCUAAAGGAGUACGGGAUCACGAGGAUUGAGCUUCAAGCCCAAAUCCUCUGGAGUGGACACAGCACGACCUGCAAUGAAGACACGAACGGACUGGUCACGGGAAGAGCCGCUGUGGGCGCUUCCGCUCAGUGCCUUAAUGAACUCAGAGUCCAAUCAAUGCAACUCACUCACAACAGAAUUGCUUUUUUGCUUGAAACUCAUAGAAAACAGAAGAAUGGUAGAGCGAUAAAACUAAUAAAACAUCUUGGCGCACUAUGACGAAUGAGAGAAUAAAGCCAUCAUUUGCAACCCUAAGCACAUCUCGAAGUGCCAGAAGACGAAUCUUUUAGAUGUAAUUGUUUCCUUGUAAUCAGUGUGAUCACAGAUAACUCUUCAUUCUUCUGCUGCCAGAUUUUCACUGGUUCAAUGUGUUCAAAUAAGUUUAUUAGACCUAUUCUGUACACUGGGUAUUAGACACUGGAUUUUAUACUGCUGUAAGUCACUUCCAGUGACCUGGGUCUUGUUUUACACCCGAUCUCAUUGCAGCAAAAUGCCGUUUAGAGUGUGUUGUUUGUACUCUUCCGCUCUGGUGCUGCUGCUGUGGUCUUCUGAACGCUUAAUGGGGACUCGUGAAGGUGAUCUGGUUCGGCUUUACGCACGAAGGAACCAGGUCAUAAUCCACACUUCAAUACUGCCAAGUGUAUUUUGUAUGACAUAGAGUGUGUAAAGCAAGUAUACAUGCUUGAUUUAAAAAAAAAAAAAAAACAUAAUAAUAAUCACAAUAAAUAACAAUAAAACCUGUAUGUUUACAGUUUGUAAAAUAUCAAAGGAACUAACUUGCUGAAAAUCUUCUGCUCCAGACAGUUUUGUCCCUCGAAGUCUAGAGUCAUUUUGAGUCUGUAUAUGAAAGGAAAACCAAACAAAAAUGAUAAUUCAACUGUAGAAUAACUGCAAUCCAACAAAAAAGGAUAACAGUAAUGGCUUUUGAACUGUAGUAUUUUUUGGUUUACCGUCACACUUUGUUUGCCAUGUUUUACAAUGAGCUGUGGUUUCUUUUCAAUUUUUUUUUUCCACAAACAUUACAGUGUCUGGUGACUUCACGUAAGAAAUGGAAAAAGAAAACGACA